CUAGUGUCCAACCCGGAAAAUACUCCGAGCUGGAUUACAUGGAAUUCUAGGUUGUUCCUUGCCAUCACCAACUAGGAAGGUGCGGAAAAAUAGACUUUUCCGCACUCCUGGUUGGUUAAAUGCAUGGAGUCCAUGGACCGGUGGCUUGCCAAUCCCCGAACAAUCAAAUUUCCUUACUCAAACUUCUUUCAUUGCAAGAAUAGAAUUCUUAGUGCAUUCCCAUUUCCAUGUUCGCCAUGUGCAGAUCGUGUUGGGUGAAGGACGCGCUUUUGGCGACCAUGCGAGGUGUAAGGGAGGUAGUCGUGAUCGUGUUCUUAGCUAUCUGCUCCAUGGCCAACGCCAUAAAGCCCUGCCCGAGGGCCACGGUGGUGCGUGAUGAGGUUAGCUACUGUUUGAGCUGGAGGAUGUCGGUGGAGGCGAACAAUAUGGCCGGGUGGCGGACGGUUCCGAUGCAAUGCUUGCCGUAUAUUCAGGGCUACAUGAUAGGAGGACAGUAUGAUCGUGAUAUGGCCUUCAUCGCUGACCAAAUCUUGAGCUACGUCAAGGGCAUAGUCCUCUCCGACGAUGGCAUGGAUGCUUGGAUUCUUGAUGUUGAUGAUACUUGCAUCUCCAAUCUCUUCUACUACAAAGGAAAGAGAUUCGGGUGUGAUCCCUAUGACCCAAAAGGGUUUAAGGCAUGGGCAUUGAAGGGAGGAUGCCCAGCCAUCUCUGCAGUAUUGGGAUUGUUUGACAAGUUGGUUGAGAGUGGGUUCAAGGUCAUCCUUCUUACUGGUAGAGAUGAAGAGACUUUGGGUCAAGUUACCGUUGAUAAUUUGCACAAUCAAGGCUUUAUUGGAUACGAAAGGCUCAUUCUAAGGAGGGCAGAACACAAGGGACAAGGAGCAAUUCAGUACAAGUCAGGAAUUAGGAAGCAAUUGGUGGAAGAAGGAUACAGGAUAUGGGGCAAUGUGGGAGACCAAUGGAGUGACCUCCAAGGAGACUACAAGGGCAAUAGGGCCUUUAAGCUUCCAAAUCCUAUGUAUUUUGUGCCCUAA